AUGCUAUGUGCCCUGGUAGAAAUAUCCCCAGGUACAAUAUUGGAGCAAUCUAGCCUUAACAUUACACCGAGAACCUCUUUACCACAAUCGAUUUCAAUUCCAAAUGAUUACCAGAUGAACGAAGUCUUAAAUUGCUGGAACAUCAUUGCCUUGCCAAAUUUACCUCAACCAGAUUCAUUAAAGCAAAAAGAUGUAGAUCUAAGAUUAGUAUUUCGUUACUUCGCUUACCUCAACUUGAGCGAUGAUUAUCAAUACAAAUUUUUCCUCGGAACACUUUAUUUCAACAACUCCGGCCAUGAAUGGCUAGAUUCUUCCCAAACCAUAAGAAUACCAAAUCAAUGUGAUCCUAUAAAGCCAACAACCCCAGCUAAUAUACAUUUCGAGCAAGAAGGCACGUGUGGUGUUACGAAACAAGUCCCUGCUGCUCCUGACUGUUCCAAAAUAAGUCAAUCUAUACUUGGGGGACAGGAAUCCAAUCCUUUAUCCUGGCCGUGGCAAGUAGCGUUGACUUAUUAUGGACAACCAUUUUGUGGAGGGACUCUAAUUAAUCGGGACACUAUAUUGACCGCCGCACAUUGCACUGUCAACAUAUCUGCAGAAGACUUAGUUAUAUACCUUGGGAGUAAUAAUUUUAAAGAUCCAAAUAUCGUGAAAAUUCCUGCCAAAUCUGUAAUUAAACAUCCGAAUUACUAUGCGACAACUGUCAAAAACGAUAUUAGUAUAAUAAAAUUAGAAAGCUUAGUGGAUUACAGUGACGCGAUCAAACCUAUAUGCUUACCCAGUGCCGAAGAAAGAGUCAAAGAUGGAUAUGGCUGUUAUGUAACUGGAUGGGGCGAUACGAAAAAUUUAUCUUUACCUAUGUUUAAUCGGUUGCGUGAGGUGUGUCUAAAUAUAGUCAAUAAAGUGAAGUGUCAAAAUGUCAUGGGGAUCGUGGAUGAUAAUAUGAUAUGUGCUGGAGUAUCGGAUGGCAAAAAGGAUUCAUGUCAAGGAGAUUCAGGAGGUCCUAUGGCUUGUAAAAUUGGAACAAAUUGGGAAUUGACAGGAAUUGUCAGCUGGGGAGUGGGUUGCGGGGAACCGGGAUAUCCAGGCGUUUAUACUGAUGUUGGCAAGUUUUUAGAUUGGAUACAGUCUAACAUUUGA